AUGUCAGGUUGUACUCGUGGUAAGGGUCGUUCAAGAUGCCAUAUUAAUAGUAAUAAUUUGGACGUUUCUCUCGAUAGGAAUAAUAUACCAAGUACUUUAUUUUGCUCCAGUAUAGGAAGAAAUUCAGAUAUGAGACAGUCUGAUUCAUUGAAUCAUUCACGGAAUUUGGGAUUAGAAAAUGACUGCAAUAAUAGCUCACAUUCCGCGUCUAGAAAUAUUUCGUUACAGUCUUGCUUUCAAAAUAUGCCACAGAGCGCAAGAAUUUCAUCAAUUCGUUCUCCUUGCAUACUUCCACAGUUACCUCGGGCCAAUAUACAACAGAAAGUUAUUGUAAGAACGAACGUUUAUGUGUUGGAAAUAACAGAUCGCAUCGUUUAUCGUUAUGAUGUGCGCAUCGAAGCGUAUUCUGGAAGACCUCAUACUGCCAACUCUGCAAAAGUAAACUUAUGUCGUGGAAAACAGGACCCUUAUCGAGCUAAGAAAUGUAUGUUUUUAAUCGACAUGGCAUUGAGAAGAUAUCGACAACUUAAUGAAUUUGCAUAUGCGUACGAUUUAUCGAGCACAUUGUUCACUAACCAACCACUGGACUUAAAAGAGGUGUCUGAAAUCACCAUAUCAUCCAAUAAUUUGCAAGAAUUGCAAGAAAUGUUUGGUAGUAACAUCAACAUAUGUAUAAACAUAAGCGAGUGCCGAGAAUUUGCCCGCUCAUUUCAUACAUCAGAUUUCAACUCAUCUAUCACGCCCGAUUUGUUGGCUCAAGAUCAUUCUUUGCGUCAGUUUUAUGAAAUCCUAACAAACCAAUAUGGUUUGCGGAGUGGAUUGUAUUUCUCAUUCGGUUAUGGUCGAUUAUAUAAAGAAAAAGGCAACAUUAAAUUGAGAGAUGGAAUUACACUAUCCAUGGGUAUCGAUAAAAGUGUCCGUUUUAUCGAAGGCAGUCAGUCAACCGGUUUGGUUCCAGCAUUGGUACUUGAUGAAAAGAAAACGCCAUUUUUCAAUGAAGAAACUUUCAUGAAUUUUGUCGCUGAAAUAUACAAACCAGGAUCUCCAAUUCCGUCCAUUCCCCAUUUGAAUGGAAAAAAAUUUGAAGAGUUUAUACGCUGUGUUGAACGAACGAUCAAAGGUCUUCGUCUCAUCCGCUCAAAUAAUACUAAAACAUUCAUUGCAAGUGGCUUGUCAUUGCAACCAGUAAGAGAUCUUAGAAAUGAACGAAUGCCGCUAAUAGAAGCAUAUAAAAGACUGGGAAUUGAUAUCAGGUCUGAUUUACCAGCUGUUGUUUUGAAAUCGCGCAGCGGCAAAGCUUUUUUCCCAUUUGAAAUUUUAUACGUUGCACCAAAUCAGAAGGUCUCAGAUGCAAAGCUUCGACCGAAUCAGAAACAAGCCUUAAUGAAAAGUUCUGUCGUACCUCCGGACAUACGACAUAAAGAAAUAGGACGACAUAUGGAAGCGUUAAAUUUGAGCGGAAGCAAAUUCAAUCCCAUUUUGGCAGCAUUUGGUGUUCGAAUUAGUAAGAACCCAAUAGUGCUUGAAGCUAAUCGCCGUGUGCCACCACGGAUUUCUUAUAACCCGAAGUGUACCAUGAAUGUUACACCAAAUAAGGCUAGCUGGGAUCCUGGAAAUAAUCAGUUUGCGGUUCCAGCAAAAGUUGACAAUUUCCAUCUGUUUUAUGACAAGGACUGUAAUGAAGGUGUUAUGACGAAUUUUUUCCAUUCAAUUUGUAAUACUGCGCUGAUGAGGGGUAUAAAUUUCAAUAAGAAAUUCAAGAAGGAAGUUUGCCCAAAUGAAUUGGAGGCAAAUAUAAAAAAAGUUAUAAUGGGAUCGUCUGGUGCAACAAAUUUUUUCAUGUAUGUUGACGACAAAGAACGUACUCAUGGUCAACUUAAACUGUAUGAAGCACUUUAUCAAGUGGUGACGCAACAUGUAAAAUAUUCCACUGUAACAGAUAAGAGGCACUCACUUGAAAAUAUCAUCAACAAAAUGAAUGUCAAAAAUUUUGGUCACAAUUAUCAUAUUAUACCGGAAAAUUAUGCAAUUAAAAGAUGGUUAUCAAGUGGUGAUACGCUUGUUAUUGGAUACGAUGUUUGUCAUCCAGAAGCACAAUCUGCAGUUGAACGUCGUUUGAAUUUGAUAUUUUCUCAACCAAGUGUUGUUGGAUUUUCGUUUAAUGCUGCGAAGGAACCAGAAACUUUCAUUGGGGAUUACGCAUUUCACGAAGCAAAGCAGGAGCAAGUCACUAGUUCUAUCCUCGAAGGUCGGAUGUUUCAUAUUUUGAAAUUAUUCCAUAAAAUGCGUGGCAAGUUGCCGACACUAAUUAUUAUCACACGUGAUGGUGUUUCAGAAGGACAACAUAAAAUGGUGAUGAUAGACGAAUUGGAAGCUAUACGUGCUGGGAUACAAAAUUAUGCCGAUUUUUUCAAAGGAGCAGAAUAUAAACCAAAAAUAGUACUUCUUAUUGCUGUGAAACGUCACAAUAAGCGUUUCUUUAUUGAGACAGAAAAGGGAGUGGUUCAAAAUUGUUUGCCUGGAACCGUUAUUGAUCAUACGAUAACCCGUGUCGAUGCAACAGAAAUUUUUUUGCAGUCACACAAAGUGAUAAAAGGAACUGGAAAGAUUCCAGCCUAUACACUAUUAGUAAAUGAAGCUAACAUGGAAAUGGAUGAGUUACAAGCGUUUAUCAAUGCUCUUUGCUAUAACCAUCAAAUUAUCACCUCAGCAGUUUCAUUACCAGAGCCAAUUUAUCAAGCAGACGAAUGGGCAAAAAGAGGACGUAAAAAUUUUCAGGCUAUGUACCAACAAAGACUUGAUAUGUUACCACGCAAACCAAAUGGAAAAGUGAAUUGGGAUGAAGUAACGAAUGAACUUUGUUAUAUGGGUCGCGAACUCGAAUUAACAAGAUCGAACGCCUAA